UGGAGGAGAGGAGAGCGGAAGAGUCUGUCAAUUAUAAACAUGAACAAGCUGAAGUCCUCGCAGAAGGAUAAAGUUCGUCAGUUCAUGCUCUUCACACAGUCUAGUGAAAAGACUGCAGUGAGCUGUCUGUCACAGAAUGACUGGAAAUUAGACGUGGCGACGGACAAUUUCUUUCAAAACCCAGAACUCUACAUUCGCGAAAGCCUAAAAGGAGCUUUGGACAGGAAAAAGUUAGAACAGCUUUACAACAGAUACAGAGAUCCUCAAGAUGACAACAAAAUUGGUGUUGAUGGAGUCCAGCAGUUCUGUGAUGACCUGGGUUUGGACCCUGCCAGUAUUAGUGUGCUGCUUAUAGCUUGGAAGUUCCGGGCAGCAACACAGUGUGAGUUCUCAAAGCAGGAGUUCAUGGAUGGAAUGACAGAGCAAGGGUGCGACAGCAUAGAGAAACUGAAAGCACAGUUGCCAAAAAUGGAACAGGAGUUAAAAGACCAAGGGAAGUUUAAGGACUUUUAUCAGUUUACGUUUAACUUUGCAAAAAAUCCUGGACAGAAGGGUUUAGAUUUAGAAAUGGCAAUUGCAUAUUGGAAUUUAGUACUUGCAGGAAGAUUCAAAUUCCUAGACCUGUGGAACCAGUUUUUAUUGGAACAUCAUAAAAGGUCAAUACCGAAAGACACCUGGAACCUCCUGUUAGACUUUAGUACAAUGAUCGCUGAUGACAUGUCCAAUUAUGACGAGGAAGGUGCAUGGCCGGUUCUCAUCGAUGACUUUGUGGAGUUUGCGCGACCAAAAAUUGGGACAAAAAGUACAACUGUGUAAAGGGUGCUGCUGGAAGAAUGUGCGUAGUUUUGUACUUGCGGCACACAGCAAAGACGACGGUGGAUAAAACGCAUGGCAGGACUGGGCUUCGGAUCACCCCCAGGAACGAGACUUCGCAGCAGACACUCGAAAAGCAUAUCCUCUCAGUCUUGUAACGGUGGUUUGGGCCUGUCAUUAGCACAGCAUUCUUUUGUAUCUCCUCCAGCCAGCUGGAGUUCAAGUCGAUAUUCUGGACCAUCCUUAUUGUUCUUUUACCAGUGUUAGGGCUGAUGCUGUCUUUUGAAGCAGCCAUUAUUUACACCAAGCACAACUGCGUCUUACUUCAAACAGGGUCCAUUAACAAAUGAAUUUCAUGCGCUGGAGUUUUUUUCACUUUGAUACUUAGUGCAUCCCUGCUUUGGUAUUUCUUCCAUAAUUUUACUAUGUUGAGUGACAGACCAGCACAAAGCAUUUAUUGUAGCAUUUUUGUUUUAAAAAUAACUUGACUCAAAAUGUUUGGUGUAGGUCAUGAAAGCAUUCAUUUGGCAUAGCUGAGCUGACUACAUCUGUUGGUCUGCCAUUGAUUAUUUGUGCGUGUCUGACACCUAGAAAUUUUUUGUCAAAGCCUCUAACUGAAUCAUGUGUUUUAAUUUGUAUAGCCUACUUGAUAUGUACAAAUGAAAAUUCUGAAUUUGUACCUUUUUAGAGUUGUUUUGCUAAAGACAAAAACAUCAUUCCUGUUGUGGCAAAGCAGCUGCUGCUAAAGGCAGUUAAAUGCAGUUGUUUGUGCAGUGAAUUGAAAUGCCAGCCGCUGAUUUAGAAUAGUGUUGUCAAAAUUACUCUCAUUUGGUAAAUAUCCAAUGGACAUUCUCUUUGGUGCAGUGAGUUUUAGGGCCAAAGGCCCAGGUGCUAACAGGAAAUAAUCAAGCACCUCCCUAGUUGAGAACUUGAUCAUUCUAGGUUCUUUAAAAAUUGUUUUUAAGGCUUUAUGAAGUAAAUAAAAUUGCCAAAUCUAACCUGAGCAGAGAGGAUGAGAGGAUGUCCGUUCGAAAGGUGCAAGCUAAACCAGUCCAGAUUGACCCAGCUGUACAAUGUUUAGGCUUCUUUUCUACAAGUAUUUAUAAAGGAGAUAUAUGGUAAUAGCAGUACGAAAUGGGCAUGGUUGUGGAUGGCUGACAACCUGACUUUUUUUAGUUUGACUUCUUGUGCUUCAUUUGCAGAGAGACAGUGUAAGAUGUCCACACGGCUGAGCAUCCCCAUUAACCUUGCUGAGCAGUGACUGGUUUACCAUUAUCUUCGUUACAACAGCUGUCUUAAAUGUAACCCACCUGAGUCAUGCAUCCGAGAGGAUGUCAUUGAGGAAUCACACAAAUCACCUUGACCGUUAUCGACAGAGAAAGUUCUUUGUUGGUGAGUUUGUGGAAUAUUCCACAUCCACCAAAGCUGCUUCUAUAUUAAGGUUUGUUUAGUGUGCUUAAUACCCCCUACAGAGGAUAUAUGAACUUUAGGUGUAUUAUUUCCUUAUAUUGUGUGGAAAAAGGAUUGUAAAAUUCCAUUUUAUUUUAUUCAUACUUAAAAGCAAACAAAAGUGGUUAUUGUACUUGCCUGUGUGAAACGUGUGGUGAGCAGUGGUCCAGGAUUGCUGGUUGACAGAAACACCUUGGUCAUGGUCUAUACUCAUUGAGCUGUAAGUCCUCCAAGUAAUUACAAAUAUUCAGAGUGGUACUGCAUUGUUAUAAUUACUAUGUAAUUAUAAAAUAAAUCGACUGAAGCUUGAAAUGUU